GACACCCACAUUGAUAAGCCUACGGGUAUAAGUGUUGCCACCUACGCAGCAGCCGACACAGUACACUCCUGCACCCAAAAUACACCUGAAGUAGAGUCCGGUGGUCCAGCAGGUGUACAGCGUCAGGUGUACAGCUCGUCCAACAUGAUCAAGCACAGUCUUCUUACCGUCACCUUAGCGGUGGUGUGUGCCGUCGGGACCCUCCAGCAAGACUCCUGUCUACCGGACUGUACUGGUAAAAAUCCUCUUGACAAAGUACCUGAUCCCCUGAACUGCACCAACUAUUAUAUCUGUAUUAAUGAUGGUACUCCUGCGGACCACGCCCUUGCCUGCCCCAGUGACAACUUCUUUGACCCGGAAGAGCUUGACUGCUUCCCCGCACCUCCGGAAGGUUGUCAAGCUGCCUGCCCGAGUCCUGGCUGCCUGGUCACCUGCAACGGCUCCUACAGCAUGAUCAGUGAUGCAUUCAAUUGCAGCACAUACUAUGUCUGCAUUGAAGGUGUCCCUGACAUAGAAUUUACCUGUCCUUCCGAGGACCCCUACUUCGACGGUGUGAGCUGCGUCAGUGACAAGGACGCUUGCUGCAAAGUCUCGUGUGUUCCUUAUUGUCAGACAGGGGUCGUGCAGGCCCUCGACCCCACAGACUGCACCAAGUGCUACUUAUGCCCUCAGGAGGGACCUGUGGACCCAAGUUUACACUUUACCUGUGAUAUUGAAGAACACUUUGAUUACCAAAGUGGUCAAUGUGUAGCAGGGAGUUCUUGUACGAGCUUGUGCUAAACACCCUUCCACAUCUUAUUACGUACAUUGCUAUCAGCAACUGCAGCCACAAUUAUAUCAACUACAACUAACAUACUGCAAUACCAUUACUUCACUGUGUUCUCACUUUGUAACAGUUGCACAGUUGGCUGCGCAUGGAGUGUAUCCGGAGUUACCAGUGAUGGGACUACUCUCCGCCCAAAACUGUCAACAACCCGCGACCGCCGGCUGGAAGACGAGGAAUCUCAGUCGUACUGGGGAGGUUUAGAGCCGCUCUCGUCGCGCUCCGCCUCACAAACACACCACCCAACAUGUAUACAAACAAUACCAAUGAGAAAAUACAACUAGAUCAUGCAGCUCACAUAUGACCGCUGUAUCACGUGGCUUUCCCACACUAAUCUUAAACUAAAUAUUAUCUAAACCACAGACAUGACAUUCAUUUUGAUAAAAAAGACAUAAACAUUAUGUCUGUGAGAAGACAUUACCAUAACUAAUUCAUUUUGAUCUCACCACCUGCUAACAGUACAGAGGAAGGGCAGGAAAAUACACGGUAGACUGGAGUAUAAAUAUAUAAUCAACUGGUAGCCUAUAACAAGAGGGUCCGCCACCGCCGGGAAGCCUAACGCGAUGCUCACUACGCUUGAAUUCUCCGUAGAAAUUAUAUAAUAUAGAAUACUGUCUAUUGACCUUACAAUCUAAUCAUAUUAAAAUAUAAAUAUAUAUAAAAUGA